CGCUCGGUACUGAGGCCAAAUCCCCGCUCGCUCACGAACUCCAUUUGCAGUCUAGUAGUAGAGAAACCCAGAGCUCGGUUCUCUACUCCGACGGUCCGCACGGUUAAAGCUUCGAACAGACGCUGAACCGUACUGUGGGCAGCGGCGGUGGUCUCUCGGUGACACAGAGCUUCGGAGAGGAUAGAAUGGCGGAUUCGAGCAGCUCCGCAGCAGUCGGGGGCGCAGGCUCCAACAGCGCUGCCGCUGCUGGGGUGGAGGGAGCUCCUGGAGCUGCGGGAACCAAGGCCGGGUCCGAGUCAGUCAAGGGCCAGAUAUUUGACGUAGGCCCCCGCUAUACAAAUCUGUCUUACAUCGGGGAAGGGGCGUACGGAAUGGUGUGCUCUGCCAUGGACAACGUGACCAGCCAGCGUGUGGCAAUCAAGAAGAUCAGCCCCUUUGAGCACCAGACGUACUGCCAACGCACACUGAGGGAGAUCAAGAUCCUGCUGCGUUUCAACCAUGAGAACAUCAUCGGCAUCAACGACAUCCUCAGGGCACGGCAUAUUGACAACAUGAGAGAUGUCUACAUCGUGCAGACCCUGAUGGAGACGGACCUGUACAAGCUGCUGAAGAGCCAGAGGCUGAGCAACGACCACGUCUGCUACUUCCUGUACCAGAUCCUGCGAGGCCUCAAGUACAUCCACUCUGCCAACGUGUUGCACCGUGACCUCAAACCCUCCAACCUGCUCAUCAACACCACCUGUGACCUCAAGAUCUGCGACUUUGGCCUGGCACGGAUAGCCGACCCUGAGCAUGACCACACAGGUUUCUUGACAGAGUAUGUAGCCACUCGUUGGUACAGGGCUCCAGAAAUCAUGCUCAACUCAAAGGGCUACUCCAAGUCUAUUGACAUCUGGUCAGUGGGCUGCAUCCUGGCUGAGAUGUUGUCCAACAAGCCCAUCUUUCCUGGGAAACAUUACUUGGACCAACUGAACCACAUACUGAGUGUCCUCGGCUCUCCAUGUCAAGAAGAUCUGAACUGCAUCAUCAACACAAAGGCCAGGAACUAUCUGCAGUCCCUGCCUCCAAAAGCCAAGGUCCCCUGGGAAACCCUCUUCUUCAAGUCAGAUCCCAAAGCCUUAGACCUGCUGGGUCGCAUGCUGACCUUUAACCCCAUCAAGCGAAUCAGUGUUGAGGAGGCUCUGGCUCAUCCGUACCUGGAACAGUACUACGACCCCACGGAUGAGCCUGUAGCAGAGGAACCCUUCACUUUCUCCAUGGAGCUUGACGACCUUCCCAAGGAGAGGCUGAAGGAACUGAUCUUUGAGGAAACAGCUCGUUUCCAGCACACUUACCAGGGUUCCUGAGACACACAGCCCUGAAUUUCAAUAAAGCCAUGCAGAGGCUUGGAACAAGACGACUCCAAACGACACGCUAAAAACGCAACGAAACAACAAUCUUCGAUAACUCUUCAAAAAUGAGAAAACGCAAAAUAUGAACAUUUAACUGCUUAUCUUUCCAUUUCUACUGCAAGAGAGAGAAAGGUCUAAAUUUGAUUUCUGUGGUGAGGCUUUUGGAGUCUGUCGUACUCGCAUUCCUUCCUCCUCCUCCUCCUCCUUCUGCUCUUCUUCUCCUCACCGCAGUCUUAAUAUGUUUGGUUGUUUACCAGUCACAUGACCUCCUUCUCCCUGUUGCUCCUUCUCCCUCUCUGCUGCGGCUGUCGCUCAUCUGUCUUUCCUCCUUGACGCUCCUCCUCAUAUAAUCACAAACUACUGUAUUAACCAACACCGUAACUCUCUCCUCUUGGCUCUGUGUAAAUUACAACCUGAACAACAAAUUGCGAGGGCUGAAAGAUCAGAGAUGCUAAUCGGGUGUGAGUGUAUGUACAUACAAAAACAGUUGGGUUUUUUUUUCUUUCAUUUUAAGUGUGCUUGUCACCGUUUUCCGUUGGUAAAUUGUUGUUUGAGUGUUUUCAGAUCAGUUCAUAGUUGUAUUUGUACGUAUGUUCUUUGGGAUUUCUAUUUGCAAGUCACUUCUGAACACUUACUUUUGAGACGGUGUUUUUAUUGGCAUGUUGGCAGGUUUAUAGAUUUGUUUGUCGUUGCUCUCUUUGUCAAGUUUUUUUUUUUUUUCUUCAAAAAAAAAAAUACAAAUUGUGUAUGAAAUUUAUAUGAAUGCAUGCAUUCUGGAAAUUUACCAAAGUGGCAGAGAAAUGUGAGAAACUGGGCUUGGGAGCAGCUAACGAUUAGCUUUUUUUUUUUUCUUUGUUUUUUUUUUAUCUUCAAUUUCUUUCUACAUUUCCUCAAGGGCAAAAUGAGAGAUGUUUUUCUGGUCCCAAAAUGAUUGGGAUAAAUCAGGUGGAAGCAUGACGUGUGUUCAUUCAGAUUUAUGAUCCAUGUUCUAGACCAUUCCAAACUUUUAAACACCUCAAAACGUUUUUCUUUGAGUGGCAGUCUUGCAGUAGUGAGGCUUGAAAACAUCACAUAUACUCUGAUCAGUCACUGGACCAUGCAGUAAUGAACACUCGUGUAAGACAAGGCCAAACAGAGUAAUGUUACACCACAUACCAUUAAAUACACACGGUGUCAGAGCCGUAUAUUAAAUGUCAGUCCUGUAUAAAACAGCGAGCUGCGGAAUCCCUGCCUCAUUCCUCAGCUUCUCUGCGUUCUCCGAAACAUUUAUAGGAAAGUUCUAUUGGACUCUCCAAGGCCACAGUGCUGUGUUUGUUGUGCUGUGGCUGUUUGGACCAGGAUAACCAAUGAGUUGAUCCGUGCAUGCAGGCUGACAGUCGAGUUCUAAUUAUUGUUUUAUUUGAGCAGCCAUCGUUGAAUGCAGUGUAGAAAGUGUAGUAAUCAGCAGUGUUUUAGAUUAGUUGUUAAAGUCAGUGAAAGGAAAUCUUUUCUGAGGAGUUGAGGUCACAACCGAUAGCUCUAAGUCACUGUCAAUGAUUUAUUAUUUAAAUGUUGUCAAUUUGAAACCAAAAUCUGAUUGAAACAGAGGAUGAAGUGUUAACCACAUAAAAAAUAGAACAUGAUUAGGUCAGCUGAUCAAGACUGUUCGGUAGGCGACUGUGUGCAGACUGGAAAUACUGUUAUGGCUGCAGUACCACUGCUAGCCAAUAGAAAACAACUAUUAAAAAAAAACCUUACCAUAGAAAUUAAAAGAUUAUUCUGGACCAUCUCCUGUCAUGCAUUAGUGCUCAAUUUCUUCUGAAUGGGAUUUUAAUGUACUAAAAUGACAUCAUGUUCUAUUCAAAAGCUAAACUUGCGAUCACAAGCGUAACGAUAGGUUGGAAAUUGCAUCAAAUUAGCCUCGUUAUUCAUACCAAAAGGACCAAUAAUUUCUGUGGCUUCUCUUUGCAUGAGGAUGACUGUGUCUCUUUCUUAUAAACAGUCUACAAUACCUUGCUUUGUCUUUGUGUACUGUUCCUGGCUGCCUGUUAAAGGACAGGAUGUUUUUUUUGUUUGUUUUUUUACACAAUGCUGUUGAUCCAUGUCACACUGUACGGCUACCACCAGUGGAAAAACUGAAAUGUUUUUUUAGAUCAAAAUAGUAAGGCCAGAUUUUUUUUGACCACUAAUUGUGCUCAAAAUAACAUUACAUUUGCUGUGCAACAUGAACCAGACAGCAUUGUGACUUUGACUCACUGUUUACAUAUAGACUGUUUCAGUACUGUUUCGGUGCUGUUUACAUAUUUCUUUAUGGUGAGCUAAAACUUUGUCUUGCAGGUAACUAGUUCAUGUUGCGGUGCACUUGUAAUGGUAUUUUGAGGCAUUUUAGAGGGAAGUCUGUAACCACAGGUUUGCUUUGUAACAUAAGUGUUUUUCCUCUGCAUCUCUGUUUGCACAUGAUGUACUGUUUAAGUGUAUGUCUGCUCUUUACACACUGUUGCCUGGUGAACCAUCACCAGCACGACCGCCUCCUGCCCCCUCACCCCCCCUCCCCCCUCCUUUUUUUUUCCAAAUGCUCUAUCUCUAAUGUUUCCCUGUCUUUUGCAUUGGGCCCAGUGAAUCUACUCUGAUGUGAUGAGCGCUCACUGGCUGUGGAGUUUUACGCCAAGUUUUUUUUUUUCUGUAUGUGUCUGUGUGUUGAAUGUUGGCUGUUCUUUCAGAAGCCAUAGCCAGGACCCUGGAUUGGUUGUGAGGCUUUAUGAUACUGUUUUCAUCUCCCCCAAACGCUCGCCAUGCUUUACCAAAAAAGGGCUCCCUCCUUUUCCCAGCUGUUUUCCUGUUUGAGUUCUUUGUAUACUGCAGAAAGCAUUCUCCCCUGUGUCACCAAUGCGUUUUAGUAACUUAUCAACAAGUCUUACUUACAGGCAGGAGAAACAAGUCCGAUCAUGUGACCCAAUCAGCACACCGGCACUUUGUCCUACAAGCCACGCUCCGUCUGUGUCAGGAUUAUUUUGGACUUUUCCGUCAGUGUGUCUGUGUUUCAGUCCCAGGUAAUUUGUGCUUGUUGAAAAGUGUUUGUGUCUCCAAAAACAUAAAAGCCAAGGCUCUUUUUGUCUCAUAUCAGUUGAUAGUGAACGAUUGUCUUAAUUCACACAGGCCGUGCUUUUUUUUUUUUUUUCUUUCUUUUUCUGUAUUUUUCCUCCCUUUGACCUGCUGCCAGACCAAACAUCUCACUGGGUAACUACAGGAAUGAACAAAGACGACCAUGUUUGCAUUCACACACACACACACACACACACACUCUUGUAGUAGAGUGUGCAUGUGUAAACAGUUGCACUUAAACACACCACAUACAUUCACACAGUAUCAACAUGUCUAAGGCCAGUCUGUCAUGAGACUUAUUUCCAGAUAUUCUUCUUUUAAAUUGCUGUUCUUAUUAUUGCUAUUGUUGUUCUAUUGGUGAGUUGUUGUAAUUUCUUUUUUUUUUUUUUUUACAUAAAAGGGAGUUAAUAAGUUGUUUUUUUUAUUGCUAGAUUUUUUUUAUUUGUAUUCCUCAUUUCUCUUAUGGGCGUUAUUAUUAUUACUGUUGUUGUUAUUAUUGGCAGAUUUGUUUUGUUUUUCUUUUCUAAUUUCUCCCUCCAAGAUCUUAAGAGAAAUUAUUUUAAAGAUAUCGGUAGAUUGUCAAAGAGCUAUGAGUUAUUGAGGGUUAUAGUCUGUAUAUUCUAUGGGUAUUAUGAAUUAAACGAUUAACAAAGAAUUAUAUACAUAUAAUUAAAUAAAAUUUCCUGAUACUGUUAA